AUGGGAGUUUGUCUAUCGUGCUUAAGUGGCAAUUCAAAUGAUGAUGAAUAUGAUGAAAAUACAUCACUUCUAAGAAGAAAUCAACAACAACAAAAUUAUCAAUCAGAUUAUUUACAAGAAGAAGAAUUAUUAAAACAACAACAAAGACAACAAGAAUUAUCAUCAAUAGUAAAUGAUUUAUCAGAUAAAUUAAUUGAUGUUGCUACUUUUUUAAAUGGUGGUGGUUCAAAUAGUAUAACUGGUGCAAGUACAAAUUCAAAUUUAAAUUCAAAUCAAAUUAAUAAUGGAAGUAAUAGUGGAUUAUUAUUAUCACAAACUAAUCAAAUUAAUGAAAAUGGUAAUAAAGAUGAUGAAGUAAAACAAUUUCCUUAUUUUUAUAAUGAAGAUGAUAGAAAGAAAGUUUUGGAAAAAACUAGUAAACUAAGUGAUGAUAUAAAAGAUUCUUGUAAACUAAGUGCAGGUAACAUUUCUUCACAAUUUGUUUUCGAUUUAUUGUUGAACAAUGAAAGAAAUACUGAAUAUCAACAUAUAAUUAAAUCAAUUGGUUGUUCUUCAAAAGAAAGAGGUGAAGAAUUCAUAGAGUCAAAUGGUAUAGUUCCUGAAAAGAAUUACCAAGUCACUCCAAUAGUACAAUCAUAUGAAGAUCUUUAUAAAAAUCCAGAUAUUGACGUUGUUUAUAUUGGGACCCCUCAUACAUUUCAUAAAGAGCAAUCAAUAAACUGUUUGAACAAUAGUAAACAUGUACUUAUUGAAAAACCAAUUACAGUGACCAAAAAAGAUGCAGAAGAGAUAUUCAAAGUUGCUAAAAAGAAUAAUAAGUUUUGUAUGGAAGCAGUAUGGACAAGAUUUUUCCCAUCAAUUGAAAUACUAAAAAAUAAAGUCUACAAAGAACAAGUAAUUGGAGAUGUUUACAGACUAUUUGCUGAUUUAAGUUAUCAAUGUGAUGUUAAACAAUUACCGUUAUCAUCAAGGGUAAGAGAUAAAAAAUUAGCAGCUGGAUCAUUGUUAGACAUUGGUAUUUAUCCAAUUACAUAUUCAAGAAUUUUAUUAGAUGAUCAAGUUGGUUCAAAAGCUUCAAAGUUUCAACAAAAGAGUUUUUUAACCAUAGAUGAAGAUGAUUUGGUGGACCAUUUAUGUUCCAUAAUUAUAAAAUACGAAAAUGGUAAACAAGCAUUAUUAACAUCAUCAGAAUUAGUAGAUGGUCCAAAAUCAUAUGUUAGAUUAGAAGGUACUAAAGGUUGGGUUGAAAUGUAUAGUGAUAAUCCAGCAAGAGCCAAACAUUUUAAAAUUUUUAAUAAAGAUGGUAAAGAAAUUUACGAAUAUAAAGAUGAUUCUGGCUAUAAUGGGUUUAUAUAUGAAGCUAAUGCAGUUGCAAAUGAUAUUGAAGCUGGUAAAUUAGAAAAUGAAGUUAUGCCUCACGAUGAAAGUUUAUUGGUGAUGGGUUUAAUGGAUGAAAUUAGAAAAGAUAAUGGGUUGAAUAUGGAGGCAGACAAUUUUUAUUCACAAAAUCGGAAAUCAAUUAAUGGGGCAAUUGAGAACAAGUUAAUUGGUGAUAAAAAUGUGACACAAUCAUCAGUUCCUGGUUCCAACUUCACUUCUCCAAAUAAUGACAAUCUAAAUACUUUUGAAAAUAAAACCCAUGAUGAUCAAGACUUUGAGAACAUCAUAUUCACAGCUCAAGGUAAAAAGAAAAAACCACCUAAAUGGACAUUUACUGCUGGUAUAUUUGCGGAUAAAAAACAAGAAAUACCUAAGAAACCAAAACCUGAUUGUGAUAAAAAUGUUAAAUUCAUUACUACUCCAGUCACUGUAGUCAAUCCAGGUCAAAAUGAAGAAGAUGACGAUUUUGAUGAAGAAGAAGAAUAUGAACCACCAACACCUAAACCAAAACCAAGAGUUUACCCUAAAAGACCAAAACCCCCACCAGCAAAAAGACCAAGUUAUCCGUAUUGGAUGUUUGAUUCAUCUAGUGAUGAUCCAUUCACAGAUGAGGAAGAGAGUGAUUUUUGGAGUAUAAGUGAUAGUGAUUUCAGUUCAAGUGAUGAUGAUUCGUUUAGUUCAAAAAAUUUGGGGAAAUUAUGGUUUUUAGGAUUUAAUUCAAGUGAUGAUGUUAAUGAUGAACGAGUUCCAUUCAUACCUAAUCAAUUAUUGGUUUCUAGAGUUAGUGAAAAUUUACCUGGUUUGUUCAUGGAUCAAAGAAAUGAGCUUAUAGAAUAUGGAGAUAGACUUUCUGAAAUUUGGACCUCUCACAGUAACAACAAUAUAUCAAUGGUUCAAACUGAAGAAGAAAUAUCUAGUGAUAAAUCAAAAGCAAUUGAAAUCGAAAAGAGAGGUAAGUUUUUGAAUAGAAAAUAUUCAAAAUUAAGAUCAACUAAAUUUCUUAAUGAUGGUGGGAAACUGUUAGCUAGAAAUAAAUAUUAUUGGAAAAGUGAUUAUAUGAAAGAAAGAGCAAAAUAUAAUAAACAAAAACAAAGAUUUAAAAAUCAACAAAAUAAAUUUAAAGAAUUAGAAAGUGAAACUUGGACUGCUUCUUCUGAUGAUGAAGAAUGUGACGAGGAUAAUGAAUAUGAUUUUGAAAAUCAAAUUUAUAAAAGAAUGGAUGAAAUUGAAUAUAUAUAUGUUACACCUCCAAGGAUUUAUUCAAUGUCUAAGAUUACAUCAAAUUAUACUAAAAUUGAAAAAUUUGAAAUUUCGGAAAAUGAAAACGACAUAACAUAUUUCACAACACAAGUUAUAAAUUGGGACAAUGAAAAAGAUCAAGAAACAAAAUUAAAUUUAGCCAAAAGAAAUCAAAUUUUCCAAAAUCAACAAUUAAUAAUGGAUCAUAAUUUACAAGAACCUUCAAGUGAAGAAAUCUUUGUAGCUCAAGGUUCUGGAUUUUCUAAAGGAAGUGGUAAAAAGGCAAAAGGACCAAAAUGGCAUGUUGGUGCAGGAAUGUAUAUGAAUAAAGAUUUAAAUAAAGGUGCUACUAUUAAAGAAACUACUUUUAUUCCAGUAAAACCAGUUAAAAAACCCACUACAAUUUAUAAAGAAGUAGAUAAGGGUGAAAAUGAUGAUGGGUCUGAUUCUGGUUCUUCAUCGGAUGAAGAUGGAUUUGAUAAAAAUGAUGAUUUAAAGAGGAAAUUGAUGAAUCGUAGAAAAAAUAAAAAGAAAUUUAGUUUAUUUAGUGUUGAUGAUUUAAUUGAAUCUGUUGAUGAGAAAGAAAUUGAGAAUUAUAAUGAAAAUGACGAUGGAUAUGAGGACAGUGAUUUUGAGUUUGAUGAUAGUAUUAUUAAUAAGUUGGUUAUUAAAGUAAUUGAUAAUUCUACAAAUAUCACAACUUUUAAAUAUCCAGAAGAAGAAGAUGAAAUUUAUAAUAUGGAUAAUAAUGAUGGGUUAGAAUCUAAUGCAAUUCAAUUAAGAUAUAAUCUUUACAUUUUAUUUUGGUUAAUAAUUGCUUUCGCUUUAUAA